ACACCAUAUUAGGGAAUAUGGAAUGCAAUGCGGGUUAAACCAAAUUUAAGUAUAGGGGGUGUAUAAACAACAGAACCAGCGACCGAGUUAGAUAAUUCAUGAGAGAAAUCAUCACGAUUGCUAGAGGCUUAUUACACCAAAAACCCGCGGAUCUAUUGCAGUGGUACGCUCCCGUGUGACUGACAGGCGGUGACAGCGACUGCGUGAGGAGCGUGGCUCUGCCCCCUACUGGCUGCGGGGAGACAAAGGAACGAGCAGAGCAGUAGUAGCAGGAUUCAUUGAGGGGGCCAGGCCGGAGUGUGGGUAUAGAUCAAUUACUGUAUCUAGAAACCCGUUAUCCAGAAAGCUCCAAAUGACGGUCGCCAGCCUUGAAAGAAUGAGUGAGUUAAAGGAUUGCCCUCUCCAGUUCCACGACUUCAAGUCUGUCGACCAUGUGAAGCUGUGCCCCAGAUACACCGCGGUUCUCUCCCGCUCAGAGGACGAUGGAAUCGGUAUUGAGGAGCUCGAUACUCUUCAGCUGGAGCUGGAAACCUUAUUGUCCUCUGCCAGCCGGAGGCUUCGUGUGCUGGAAGCGGAGACCCAGAUUCUGACAGACUGGCAGGAUAAAAAGGGCGAUCGAAGAUUCCUUAAACUGGGCAAGGAGCAUGAGCUUGGCACACCCAUCAAACACAGUAAGCCCAAGAAACAGAAGCUGGAUGGGAAAGGGAGUCAUGCAUCUGGACCUGGUCCUGGGAGGCCGAAAUCUAGGAUUAUGCAGCAAAAGAUGCAGGAAUAUGAAUUCACAGAUGAUCCCGUAGAUGUGCCAAGAAUUCCCAAAAAUGAUGCCCCAAACAGGUUUUGGGCCUCGGUGGAACCAUACUGCGCAGACAUAACAAACGAUGAGAUUAAAGUGUUAGAGGAUCUUCUGAAAACGCCUGAGGAUGAAGCCGAUUACUAUAAGAUUCCUCCACUGGGAAAACACUAUUCACAGCGGUGGGCACAGGAGGACCUUCUGGAAGAGCAGAAAGAUGGUGCCAGGGCUGCUUUAUCAGGAGACAAGAAGAAGGGAAUUCUGGGACCUCUGGCCGAACUGGAUUCCAAAGGUAACGUGGACUCUUUGUUAAAGAAAUCGGAGUCUCAGCACGACCAGCCAGAGGAUGGCUGUCCAUUUGGUCACCUGACACAGCGCCUCCUGCAGGCUCUAGUGGAGGAGAACAUUAUUUCCCCUGUAGAAGAUUCCCCGAUUCCGGAGAUAUCAGGAAAGGAAUCUGGAACAGAUGGAGCAAGUACUUCUCCUCGCAGCCAGAACAAACCAUUUAGUGCCCCCCAUACCAAGUCAUUAGAGGUCCGCAUAAAGGAAGAGCUGAUAUCCCAGGGGCUGCUGGAAUCUGACGAUCGCCCUGCUGAUGAUUCCGAGGACGAAGUCUUGGCUGAGCUGCGCAAAAGGCAAGCGGAGCUGAAAGCUCUCAGUGCCCACAACAGAGCCAAGAAACAGGAGCUGCUCAGGCUUGCAAAGGAAGAGAUGAACCGGCAGGAGCUGCGACAAAGGGUCCGCAUGGCUGACAAUGAGGUUAUGGACGCUUUCCGAAAGAUCAUGGCUGCUCGGCAGAAGAAAAGGACUCCCACAAAGAAGGAAAAGGACCAGGCCUGGAAAGCCCUUAAGGAAAGGGAGAGCAUCUUAAAGCUGCUCGAUGGUUGAUGGAGAAACCUAUAAAAGGACUGAAAUGGUUUCUUGGUGAAGGACAAGCAAUGGGUGCAUUCACUAUUUACAGCUGAUUUAGAGACCCAUUAUGUACAGAUUGUUCAGGAACGUACUGUGCAGCUCCUAGUCACGGGCUCCCUGUGUGCAGGUUGUUUGGGACCAGGCCCGGACUGGCAAUCUGUGGGUUCUGGCAAAUGCCAGAGGGGCUGCUAUAAGGUCCCAUAGAAAGUCAGUAUUUAGUGGGCUGGCGGGGGCUGAUUGGGCCUCUGUGCACCUGAAAUGCCCGGGCCUUUUUUAAUUCUCAGUCCUGACCUGUUUGUGACUAACGAUUGGUUCGUGUAUACAUGUUACCACUGGAAGGACCAACCAAAUUACGGCUGCGCAUGGAUAUUCUACUGCCCUAAGGUGUAUAUAGACAGAUUUUGUUAUUUGUAUUCAUGUGAACCCAUCACUCCUGUGGCUACUUUUUUUUUUUUUUUUUAAAUAAAUCUCUGUGAAUUUAUUUAUUUUUCGGAGGGGGUUUGGGUAUUUUUUUAAUUUACUUUUUUGGGAUUAAAGCACUUGAUCAAAAAAUCUCAUUCUGCCAAUACUGACUUUUCAGACAUUGAUUUGGUUUUCAAUUCAGUCUUCCCAAUUAUUUGCAUUAGCACCCUCUUAUAGACCAGUCUUCCCAAUUAUUUGCAUUAGCACCCUCUUCCUGGCCAGUCUGCCCAAUUAUUUGGAUUAGCACCCUCUUAUAGACCAGUCUUCCCAAUUAUUUGCAUUAGCACCCUCUUAUAGACCAGUCUUCCCAAUUAUUUGCAUUAGCACCCUCUUCCUGGCCAGUCUUCCCAAUUAUUUGCAUUAGCACCCUCUUAUAGACCAGUCUUCCCAAUUAUUUGCAUUAGCACCCUCUUAUAGACCAGUCUUCCCAAUUAUUUGCAUUAGCACCCUCUUCCUGGCCAGUCUUCCCAAUUAUUUGCAUUAGCACCCUCUUAUAGACCAGUCUUCCCAAUUAUUUGCAUUAGCACCCUCUUAUAGACCAGUCUUCCCAAUUAUUUGCAUUAGCACCCUCUUAUAGACCAGUCUUCCCAAUUAUUUGCAUUAGCACCCUCUUCCUGGCCAGUCUGCCCAAUUAUUUGGAUUAGCACCCUCUUAUAGACCAGUCUUCCCAAUUAUUUGCAUUAGCACCCUCUUAUAGACCAGUCUUCCCAAUUAUUUGCAUUAGCACCCUCUUCCUGGCCAGUCUUCCCAAUUAUUUGCAUUAGCACCCUCUUAUAGACCAGUCUUCCCAAUUAUUUGCAUUAGCACCCUCUUAUAGACCAGUCUUCCCAAUUAUUUGCAUUAGCACCCUCUUCCUGGCCAGUCUUCCCAAUUA